AUGCACGAAAUGGCUCGUUCAGCAAGUUCACCGUGGAACUUAGCAAGGCAGCGGCAUCUACGCCUGGCGCGCGGGAGGCGGAAAGCUGGCCAAGACUCUCAAGAGGCACUCGUCCGCGGUGGGCAGGGUGCUGGUCGGCCCCAGUACAAGGUCGUCGCGAGCGCGUGCACGAACGCGGCGCUGUGGAUAGACGCGGGUUUGGAGCCGGCGCCAGUGGGUGUUGUCUUUGUCGCUAGGCGCUACGGCUCCUCUCUCUCUUGA